AUGAAAAUCAUCAUCUUCAAGUCUGAGGCUAUGGUUCUCCCACAGGAAAGAGUGGUAUUCUCCCUUCAGGUGAGGGGAGAGAACUUGCCUAUGGUGGAGGACUUUAAGUACGUUAAGAUCUUUUUCGUGAGUGAUGAGCCUCCCGUAACAAGCCAGAGAGGGAGAGCCAACCAGCACAGAGCCGUGUGUGGAGCUCUUGGGAAUGAAUGGAGUGUGAAAUACAGCCAACUAAAUCUCUGUGCUAUAAAAGGAUCUACAGUUUUUAUGAACGGCACUUACACACACCCAACACGUCUUAAAGUGGAGAACAGGUUUUGGUUAAUAAACCCAGUUCCAGGUAUAGAGCCGACUGAUCUGCGUAAUGAAUCAGGUUACUCAGACAGAGUGGAGUAUUUAGGAAAUGAACAGAAACACUUCUCCCUCAGACUGAGUGACGUGAAGAAAACAGAUGAACACAAGUACUGCUUCAGAAUCAUAACAAACGAAGAAAAAGAAAGAUUCCUGGGUUUUCCUGGAGUUACACUCACUGUUACAGAUCUUCAGGUAAUCGCUCCUGCAGAAGUGACAGAGGGACAAUCAGCCAUUCUGACCUGUAAAACCACCUGCAGUCUGACUGAUCCCACAUUCAUCUGGUACAAAAACAGCCGUGGUUUAACCACAAAGACCACCAAGAGCAAUGAAGUCCACCUGCAGCGGGUCAGCAGUGAGGAUGCAGGCAGUUAUAGCUGUGCUGUAAGAGGAUAUGAACAUCUCCCCUCUCCUGCACAAACCCUCAGCGUCAGAUAUCCUCCAAAGAACGUCUCAGUGUCCAUCAGCUCCUCUGGUGAGAUAGUGGAGGGCAGUUCAGUGACUCUGACCUGCAGCAGUGAUGCUAACCCACCUGUCGAGACCUACACCUGGUUUAAGGGGACGACAUCAGUAGGAAAAGGAAAGACCUACAACAUCUCCAACAUCAGCACUGAGGACAGCGGAGAGUACAAGUGCAAGUGCAGUAAUGAAGUCGGACAUCAGGACUCCAUCGGUGUAACUCUGAAUGUUCUGUAUCCUCCAAAGAACGUCUCAGUGUCCAUCAACUCCUCUGGUGAGAUAGUGGAGGGCAGUUCAGUGACUCUGACCUGCAGCAGUGAUGCUAAUCCACCUGUGGAGAACUACACCUGGUUUAAGGGGAAUGAAUCGUCACCUAUAGGAUCUGGACAGAGUUACAGAGCUCUACAGAGUGGACAGUACUACUGCGAGGCUCAGAAUAAACACGGCUCUAACAGAUCAGCUGCAGUGUCCGUCACUUUAAACGGUGAGUACGAUGAUGAUAAUAUUUAUGCCAAUGUAGCAAUGACAAAUCCAAUCAACACUGUACCUGAUUCAGCUUCGGCCAAUCAGGAUGAAGUCCUGUAUGCCAGAGUUGUAUGCCGGAGUGCCAGUGACCCCGGGAGCGCUGAGAGUUCUGCUCUGAAAGCUUCUGGCUCUGAGGACAAGGAGGUUCAGUACGCUAGUAUUAGAUUUACUCACACCGGUGCUGACUACAGAAGCUUUCCAGCAAUGAUGUCCCUCAAAAUGGCUUCUCCACUUUAUCUGAUCUUUCUGUUCAUGAUCUCAGGAGCUCUUGGGAAUGAAUGGAGUGUGAAAUACAGCCAACUAAAUCUCUGUGCUAUAAAAGGAUCUACAGUGUUUAUGAACGGCUCUUACACACACCCAACAGGUCUUACAGUGAUGAACAGGUUUUGGUUAAUAAACCCAGCUCACGGUAUAGAGCCGACUGAUCUGCUUAAGGAAUCAGGUUACUCAGACAGAGUGGAGUAUUUAGGAGAUGAACAGAAUCACUUCUCCCUCAGACUGAGAGACGUGAAGAAAACAGAUGAACACAUGUACUGCUUCAGAAUCAGAACAAACGAAGAAAAAGAAAGGUGGCUCGGUGAACCCGGAGUUACACUCACUGUUACAGAUCUUCAGGUGAUCGCUCCUGCAGAAGUGACAGAGGGACAAUCAGCCGUUCUGACCUGUAAAACCACCUGCAGUCUGACUGAUCCCACAUUCAUCUGGUACAAAAACAGACGUGGUUUAUCCACAAAGACCACCAAGAGCAAUGAAGUCCACCUGCAGCGGGUCAGCAGUGAGGAUGCAGGCAGUUAUAGCUGUGCUGUAAGAGGAUAUGAACAUCUCCCCUCUCCUGCUAAAACUCUCAGCGUCGGAUAUCCUCCAAAGAACGUCUCAGUGUCCAUCAGCUCCUCUGGUGAGAUAGUGGAGGGCAGUUCAGUGACUCUGACCUGCAGCAGUGAUGCUAACCCACCUGUGGAGAUCUACACCUGGUUUAAGGAGAAAGAAUCAUCACCUGUAGGAUCUGGACAGAGUUACAGAGCUCUACAGAGUGGACAGUACUACUGCGAGGCUCAGAAUAAACACGGCUCUGAGAGAUCAGCUGCAGUGUCCGUCACUUUAAACGUAAGAUAUCCUCCAAAGAACGUCUCAGUGUCCAUCAGCUCCUCUGGUGAGAUAGUGGAGGGCAGAUCAGUGACUCUGACCUGCAGCAGUGAUGCUAACCCACCUGUGGAGAACUACACCUGGUUUAAGGGGAAAGAAUCAUCACCUGUAGGAUCUGGACAGAGUUACAGAGCUCUACAGAGUGGACAGUACUACUGCGAGGCUCAGAAUAAACACGGCUCUGAGAGAUCAGCUGCAGUGUCCGUCACUUUAAACGGUGAGAGCGAUGAUUAUAUGUCCAUGUUUGAUCUCUGCUGUUAUACGUCAUACACUAUGGAUUUUCUUUUUAAAAAAUCUUUUCACUUCUGCUAUUCCUGUGUGUGCGUGUGUGUAUGUGCGUGGGUACUAUCAGGUUUCCUUCAUGGUUCUUUGAUUGUGUAUGUGGCUGUUGGAGUUGGACUUUUUGGGCUUGCAGCUCUUCUCUCUGCACUCUUCUGGCUGAGGUGAGAAUAUUUAUGCUGAUAAAUUCAUCACUAAUUCCUCUUAAGAUGUUUCUGAUGGAUAGAUUCAUUCACGAUUAAAAUACAAGGGUGACUGUGCGUCCUCAGUAGCUGCCUCUAGACUGUCGAAUACACUACCUGAUCUGUUUCAACUACUGAAGAAUUUAAAUCUUGCCUUAAGACCCAUCUUUUCUCUUUGGCGUAUGACUGUAUCUAACCCUUGUUUUUUUAAGUCAUGUGUCUAAUUAGUCAUUUUAAUAAGGAGAAUUAUACUUUGU